CGGACGUGGAACAAGAAGUACCCCAUCUGCGUCCUCCUCCCCGACCGGGCGGAGGUGGAGUGCAGGAGCAGCGAGGAGCACGACGUGGAGCUGCAGAGGGACGAAGGGAUGAAGAAGGCACCAGCGCCAGGGCAGGACGUCCCAGGGGACUGCAGGGAGCGGUGCCUGUACCUCUUUGGGCGGACAGGGAGGGAGAAGGAGGAGUGGUACCAGCACCUCGUGCGAGCCUCCCGCGGGACAGCCAGCAGCAGCCGCGGUGAAGCCAGAGGAGGCGCGGGACCAGCUCCGCGGAGCAGCGGCAGCAGCAGCGGAGGGAGCACCGAGGACAUCCCCUCCGCUGUCCCACUCAAGGACCUGGCGGGAAGCGUCCGACAGAAGAUUUUCCUGGAUUACAGCACCUACAUGGCCCGAUUCGUGCCAGUGCAGGUCGGGGGCAGCCCGGACCAGAGCCCCUGUCACGGAGCACUGGGCAGCCCCACGCCCACCAAGCUCGGCGAGGACACGGCCAGGCGCAGCGAGGCGUGCAUGGCUUGGAUGAACGCACUGGUGGGGCGCAUCUUCUGGGACUUCCUCCGGGAGCGAUACUGGGCCGAGCAAGUGUCCAGCAAGAUCCAGAAGAAGUUGAGCAAGAUUAAGGUGAGAGGGCUCUGGGUGGACAUGGAGGUCACCUACAGCGGCUCGUUGCAGAUGACACUCGAGACAAAGAUGAACCUCUGUAAGCUGGGGAAGGAGAGCGCUGCAGAGGAGAGCGGCCCAGCAGAGGCAGGCGGAGAGGGGGCCAGGCCAAGGCUGAUCCUGCUGGCAGACAGCGACGCGGAGUCGUCCAGCGCUGGCUCCUCCGAUGAGGAAGACGUCACCGCUGCAGAGCCCACGGGAGCCCUGGGGGAUCGGGCCCCACCACCCAGCGCCGAGGGCCACGUCAGCGGCAACAGCACGAGCCGGAAGAUCCUGCGCUUUGUGGAUAAGAUCGCCAAGUCCAAGUACUUCCAGAAGGCCACGGAAAACGAGUUCAUCAAAAAGAAGAUCGAGGAGGUUUCCAACACGCCGCUGCUGCUGACGGUGGAGGUGCAGGAGCUGGCAGGCACCUUGGCCGUGAACAUCCCACCACCGCCGACGGACCGUGUCUGGUACAGCUUCCGAGUCCCACCUCAGCUGGAGCUGAAGGUGCGCCCGAAGCUGGGCGAGCGGGAGGUGACGUUCCUCCACGUCACCGAGUGGAUCGAGAAGAAGCUGCAGCACGAAUUUCAGAAAAUUUUGGUGAUGCCAAACAUGGACGAUCUCAUCAUUCCCAUCAUGCGCUCUGGCCUGGAUCCUCAGCCGCCCACUGGGGGCCUUCCCAGGGACCCACCAGCCAAGGGAGAGAAGAGGCUCUGA